UCAAGGAGAGAACCAACCAGAUAUCAAAGAUGCAGUGGAGUCUGUAUCUGCUUAUUCUGAUGGGUCAGUGUUGCUUCUUUACAUGCCGCCUGUAUGAGUACCACUUUAUUGCAGAAAACAAGAGCUGGUCUGAAGCACAGAGAUACUGCAGAGAGAAAUAUACAGACCUGGCCAAAGUGUUUGACAUGACAGACAUGAGCAGACUCCGUAACUCCACACAGAAUCAAGGAGAAGCCUGGAUUGGACUGAACAACAACACAGGUGGAAACAGGACGUGGCAUUGGUCUCUGCCAGGAGUGGAAUACAUUCAAAAUGACAGCAGCUGGAAUCUGAAUGGCAGACAAAACUGGGAGCCAUAUCCUGGGAACUGUGGGAGGAAAAGAGAGAAGCUGGCAGAUGUUUCAUGUGAAUAUCCUAUGUGGUUCAUCUGCUAUGAUGAAAUGAAGAAAGACAAUAAAAGAUUGUAUUUCAUUCAAGAUACAAAACUAAAUUGGACACAGGCUCAGAGCUACUGCAGGUAUAAUUACACUGACUUGGCCAGUGGACUCGAUCAGGUAGAUGGAAAAGAAAUGAAGGCCCUGAUUAAGUCUAAGGACUCCAAGUUUAGUGCAUGGAUCGGUCUGUUCAGAGACAGCUGGAGGUGGUCAGAUGGGAGUGAUUUCUCUUUCAGAUACUGGGAUAUGCAGUUAUUCAAUGAUGAACAAAGCAACAAGACAUGUGCUAUGACUCUGUUAAACAGAUCAGGAAAAUGGAGCUCUGAUGAAUGUGACAAAGAAAAACCCUUCUUCUGUUAUGAUGAUAAAUUGAUCCUGAUCAAAGAAAACAAGACCUGGGAAGAAGCCUUGAAUUACUGUGAAAACAACUACAAGAGGCUGGUUUCUAUCACCAACCCUGAGGUGCAGCGAUGGGUCCAGGAAACAGCCAAGAAUGCUGACAGUCCCUAUGUUUGGAUCGGACUGAGCUACAAAUGCACUCUGGGAUUAUGGUUAUGGGGCAGUGACUACGUAGUCUGCUAUGAGAAGUGGGCCACAGAGGGGAAGACUGAAGGGUGUGACAUGUCUGUAGGUGUGGACAGAGGAGGACAGCAUGAGUGGUUCAGUCGCAGGAAUAAUGAGACGUAUAAUUUUAUUUGUUCUAAACAGUAAACUUUCUGAUUUCUUAUAAACCUAAAAAUAUCUAAAAUCAAACAGUGAAAUAUUAGGAUCAUUUCUUGAAAUCAAUUUAAAUUUGAUGCUAAUAUAACUAACCUACACUAUGCUAAUGGUAAUUUCUGAGUUAUUUAGACCAUCAGAGGGAGGAAUACCCACAAAUGUAAUGAUGUAAACAUUAAAUCUUGACUAAUAUCAAGUUCAGUCACAAUGGUUACAGGGGGAUGCCAUCUGUCACUUUGAAAUGAUCAUGAACAAUACAACAUCUUUGUGUUUUAUUAUCAUUUAAACAUAAAUCAAAAAUGUGCUUCAUCUCUAAAACCGGGCAAAAUAAAAAUUACUGUCUAUUUGUGCAGUCUUUUUUACUAUUGUAACCAAAACAAUACUGACAUUUUUAAAAUUUUAAAACUAAAUGAUUUCCCCAUUCAUGUCUCAUUUGCAUGUCUCUGACAAAGGCUGCCAUCAAGGAGAUGAUAGAGGUUAAUGUAUAAUCUUAAAGACUGUUUUAAGAUUUCCUCUGUGUUUGUAUUUUUGCUGAACUUUGGAUUAUGGUUGUGUUUUCUGGGUUGUUGAUAUUUAGCUUCCUGUUAUUUCCAUUUUAUUUAAUUUUUUUUUAUAAAUGAUACAAAUGUAAUUGAGAUUAUUUCAUGUCUUUAAUUCUGAGCUUCUCUUCCAAAGAUCUUUAGAUUCAUUCUGUGCUUUGUGGGUUUAUGACGUCCUCGUGGUUUUAGGUUUGUUGAUCUCCUUUUGUGCUCCAUUCUGUUCCUUCAGUCUUAUGUUUGUCUUCUGUCUCUGUCAACUUCAUAUCUUUGAGUCUUGGUCUCAGUGUUUGUUAUUUCCUGUUUUAUUUUGAUGUUCUGUUGUCACUUGUGUUUUGUGUUUAGUUCUACUUCUCCUGUCUCAUCCUCUGUGAUUAGUUUCAGCUGUCCUGACCUGUUUCCUCUCCCCUCAUUAUCUGCUGUGUAUUAUUGUCUCAGUCUCUGCUUGUACUUUUUUUUUUUUUUUUUUUUUGGAAGAGUUAUUGUUUUGGAUUCUUUGUGGCUGA